UUAAUUCAGCUCCUCCCCCAUGUGGUUGUGGCUUUCCCUUCCAUCAAAAGCCCCGUCAGCGGCGCCAGCUUUAGGGGGGGGAACCCGAAAGAAAGACAAGAAAGCAGUUCUUCUCGUCUCUUCGGACUGCAUCAAAUACGACGGCGUUCGGAAACUUCUGUGGAGUUAAUCGUGAUCUUCUUCUGGCUGAAAGACGAAACCCUCUGCAGCCUCCAACUCUCCUCCGUUUUGCCUUGCUCGCGCUCAUUCUCUCCUCUUCCCUUAUCAGCAUCAGGAGCAAUGGGAAAAGUUACUGGCUGGUACCCAGGCUGGCACGUUGCUCUGCUAGUCGCCUGGACAUGGUUUUUGAUCCUGACUUUUGGCUUCGUCGGGGCAGAAAUCACUUGCAGAUCGUGCCACUGGCAGGUGCAGCUGCAAGAGCAGCAGCGGCAACAACGGCAACCCCAGCAAGGAUUAUUAAUGCACUUGAGAACAGGGCGAGAAGGUGAGGAGGCAGGGAGGUUACCUGUGCAAAAAAGAGGGGAGAAGCAGCCUGGGCAUGGACAGGAGGUGGCGGAUGCUGGGGAUCGAGUCUUUAUCGCUUCUACUCUCGCUGGGAAGAAAUAUGCUAGCCUGGAACCACCGAGACUGAUAAGAUCGAGGAGACUGUCUGACGAGCCCUCCGAGACUCCCCCCAACUUCAGACUGUCAGCCUCGGAUGCUGAUAAACCCACUCAUUCCAAGUCUCCUUCGGUUCCUCCACCUUUCCCCGGGGAUAAAGAGCGCCGCUCCCCCGGGAACUCUGGGGCCACCCGUGCUGCCCGGUCGGCGCCCCUCGGCUGGCUAAGAAAAAGCAAGGCUGAUCAGGCGAGACAGCAAAGCCGGAAGCCCAGAGGAGCUCCUGCUGCAAGAGACCCGCCGCUGGAGAGCCGGGACCGAGCGCCGGCGGAGCAGCUGCAAGGCAAAGCCACGCGCUUUCGGCUGGAGGAGCUGAAAUUGACCAGCACGACCUUUGCCCUCACAGGGGAUUCCGCGCACAACCAGGCCAUGGUACACUGGUCAGGUCACAAUAGCAGCGUGAUUUUAAUUCUGACAAAGCUGUAUGACUACAACCUGGGGAGUAUCACAGAGAGCUCACUGUGGAGGUCAACUGAUUAUGGAACAACAUAUGAAAAACUAAAUGAGAAAGUGGGCCUGAAGACUAUUCUGAGUUACCUCUAUGUUUGUCCAACUAAUAAGCGCAAGAUUAUGUUGCUUACUGACCCUGAGAUUGAGAGCAGCCUGCUGAUCAGUUCUGAUGAAGGAGCCACUUACCAAAAAUAUCGGCUGAACUUCUAUAUCCACAGCAUGCUCUUCCACCCCAAGCAGGAAGACUGGAUUCUGGCCUAUAGUCAAGAUCAGAAAUUGUACAGUUCAGUUGAAUUUGGAAGAAGGUGGUUACUUCUCCAGGAAAAUGUAACACCGAACAGAUUCUACUGGUCCAGGAUAGGAACCAGUAAAGAGCCUGACAUUGUCCACUUGGAGGCUAAGACAGUGGAUGGACAUGCUCAAUAUAUCACUUGCAGGAUGCAGAACUGCUCUGAAGCAAUAAGAAGUAAACCUUUUCCAGGAUACAUUGACUUUGACUCCCUCAUUGUCCAGGAUGAUUAUGUGUUUGUUCAGCUGACAUCGGGAGGUCGGCCUCAUUACUACGUAUCCUAUCGGAGAAGUGCAUUUGCGCAGAUGAAGCUUCCUAAAUAUGCAUUGCCAAAGGACAUGCAUGUUAUCAGCACGGAUGAGAAUCAGGUGUUUGCUGCAGUUCAGGAGUGGAACCAGAAUGAUACAUACAACCUUUACAUCUCUGAUACCCGAGGGGUCUACUUCACCCUGGCUUUGGAAAAUGUCAAGAGCAGCCAAGACCUGGAGGGCAAUGUGAUGAUAGACCUCUAUGAGGUAGCAGGGAUAAAGGGAAUGUUCUUGGCUAACAAGAAGAUUGACAACCAAGUGAAAACUUUCAUCACAUACAAUAAAGGGCGAGACUGGCACUUGCUGCAGGCCCCCGACACAGAUCUGAGAGGAAACCCAGUUCACUGCCUCCUUCCUUACUGCUCCCUACAUCUUCAUCUGAAGGUUUCAGAGAACCCAUACACUUCUGGAAAUAUUGCUAGUCGGGAUACUGCCCCAGGCAUCAUUGUGGCCUCUGGUAAUAUUGGAACCGAGUUAACAGACAAUGAUAUCAGCAUGUUUGUUUCAUCUGAUGCUGGCAACACUUGGAGACAAAUCUUUGAAGAGGAACACAGCGUUCUUUAUCUGGAUCAAGGUGGGGUUUUGGUUGCCAUGAAACAUACAUCUCUGCCUAUCAGACAUCUCUGGUUAAGUUUUGAUGAAGGAAGAUCCUGGAGCAAGUACAGUUUCACUUCCAUCCCACUUUUUGUUGAUGGAGUGUUGGGAGAACCUGGAGAGGAAACCCUAAUAAUGACAGUUUUUGGACACUUCAGCCAUCGCUCUGAGUGGCAACUGGUGAAAGUAGAUUACAAGUCAAUUUUUGAUAGAAGAUGUGCUGAUGAUGACUACCGACCCUGGCAGCUUCAUAGCCAGGGAGAAGCAUGUAUCAUGGGAGCAAAAAGGAUCUACAAGAAGCGUAAGUCAGAAAAGAAAUGCAUGCAGGGAAAAUAUGCCGGAGCUAUGACAUCUGAACCAUGUGUUUGCACAGAAGCAGACUUUGAUUGUGAUUAUGGAUUUGAGCGUCACAGCAAUGGUCAGUGUUUGCCAGCAUUUUGGUACAAUCCAUCUUCCUUGUCCAAAGACUGCAGUCUUGGUCAGAGUUAUCUCAAUAGCACCGGGUAUAGAAAGGUUGUAUCUAAUAACUGUACAGAUGGUGUGCGUGAACGGUACACAGCCAAACCUCAGAAAUGCCCUGGCAAGGCUCCACGUGGGCUUCGAAUUGUGACUUCAGAUGGCACACUGACAUCUGAACAAGGGCAAAACGUUACCUUCAUGGUCCAGCUGGAAGAGGGGGAUAUCCAAAGAUCAAUAAUCCGAGUGGACUUUGGAGAUGGCAGUGCUGUAUCAUAUGCCAAUAUCAGCUCAACAGAAGAUGGGAUCAAGCAUGUCUACCAGAAUGUGGGGAUUUUCCGAGUGACAACGCAGGUGGAAAACAGCCUGGGGGCAGACAGUGCUGUCCUGUACUUGCAUGUAAAUUGCCCCUUGGAACACGUCCAUUUAUCACUGCCAUUUGUAACAACAAAGAACAAAGAUGUUAAUGCCACAGCAGUGCUGUGGCCCAGUCAAGUUGGAACAUUGACAUACAUCUGGUGGUUCGGAAACAACACUGAGCCACUGAUUACCCUGGAAGGGAGCAUCACAUUUACAUUCUCUACAGAAGGAAUGAACACCAUCACAGUACAGGUUUCUGCAGGAAAUGCCAUUCUUCAGGACACCAAGACAAUUGCAGUGUAUGAACAAUUUCAGUCUCUACGGUUAGCUUUUUCUCCAAAUCUUGAUGAAUAUAACCCUGACAUUCCUGAAUGGAGACAGGACAUCAGUCGAGUUAUCAAAGGAGCACUUGUUGAAGCAACAGCUAUCUCCAGCAAACACAUUUUGGUGGCAGCCCUGCCUGGUUUACCCACAUCUGCUGAACUCUUUAUUUUGCCGUAUAAGGAUCCCACAGGCGAAGACAAACAGACAGCAGAAGAGCUGCAACAGAUGUCAGAAAUAUUAGUCCAGAAACUGAACCAGAAUUCUAUUCAGUUUGAUUUAAAACCUGGGGUUAGAAUCCUUGUUCAUGCUGCCCAUUUAACAGCAGCCCCUCUCAUAGAUGUCACACCUGGCCACAGUGGUUCAGCCAUGUUGAUGCUGCUCUCCGUGGUGUUUGUGGGCUUAGCAGUAUUUGUAAUCUACAAAUUCAAAAGGAAGAUUCCGGGCAUUAAUGUUUAUGCACAGAUGCAGAAUGAGAAAGAUCAAGAGAUGGUCAGUCCAGGCAGUCAAAGUGAAAGCAUGCCUAAUGUCCCUCAGAGGGAGAUGACCCCAGAGCAACUAGUAGAGGAGAAAGUGGAUUCCCGGCCCAUAGGAAGUAUUUCCACUGUUGCUGAGACUCAAAGCACAAAAGAGAUCCCUACCUGUAUAAAUGUUUGAAACAAGGACACCGAUCUAUCUGUAUCUCCUUCACCCCAAGAUAUAUAUAUAUAUUAUAUACAUAUGUAUAAAAGAGAAACCAAUCACUGAUUUUUGGACUUUUUGAUUCUUCCGAUGACAAAAGGGUUUUUAGCUUUAAGCCUGUGCAUGUGGAUGUCAUUUGGAUAACAUAGUUUGGACUGCAGUGUACAGGUGCUCUCUUUUAAUUGAAAAAAGGGGAAAAACAUGAAAAAUACCCUUUCCUCUUAUUCAACUUCUCUUUUCUUUUUCUAAUCCAGGUUUAAUUUGUAGAUUAUUCAUAAAUGUAUAGGCCAAGGAUGUGCAUGGGGUAUUUUGGAAAGGGGUAUAAGUGAGGUGAAAGUUCCUGACUUUUGGUAUAACAGUUUUUGCUUUGAACACUGCAAGCUUAUAGCCUAUAUUUCUAAAACUCUCUCUCUGUCAAUCUCUCUCUCUCUCUCUCUCUCUCUCUCUCUCUCUCUCACACACACACACACACACACACACACACAAAUUGCACUGAAGUUUAAAGACACCAUAGUGUUCUUAUCCAUUUUAAUUUUUAUAUGUUGCCUUCUUCAUAUUUUUCCCUGUCAUUUGUCUAUCAUUGUUUUUAGCUUCUUCAGAUAUAACAAAGACUCAGAACAAAGUACUCUUCAUUCUUGUGUAUCUGGUAAAAUUAAGUGUCAGCUAUACCAGCUAUAUAAUCUGGCCACUCAAGACAAUUUCUCUGUGGUGUUAGGUGCUUUCUGCAUGUGUCCACUGGAGUAAAAAGUGAGGUCAUCAUAAUAUCCUGUUCAAAUAGAAUCAAUCCAUUCAAAAAUUUAUAUCAGCAUCCAACUGAUUCUGUUCAGGGGCAUAGAGGAGAAAUGGUGCCAUGGACAAAAUGGCACCCAGCCCCUUCCCACCACCCUCAUGCCCCCUGUCCCCCUACCCCCCCGUCCCCCAGGUCAGGCACUCACUCAAGGCAUGCCCAGGCGGCAGCUGGCUGCACCGCCUCCUUGUUAGCCAGUCAGCCCACAGCGCAGGUGUGCACUGCUGUGAUGCAAGACGGAACUUGGAGGCUCAGCCUGCCCCUCAGACAGCAGCUGGAGAAUGUCCACAACCCACCAGACUGGUGGAUGGGCCAAGGCCUGCCCAGGCAGUGCACGCACAUUGCGUUUAGGCCCAGCCAGGCCAGAAGUGGGGGGGGGGGCAUUUUCUGUCUCCCUAUAUGACUCAACAGGGUCCGCCUGGGGAGUUUGUCCCCAGAUGUCCCCAUUGUAGCUACGCCAUUGAGUCAUUGAGUCUAUUUAAUUUAAAACUUCUUCAGAUUGGAAAUAGGUAAUUGUUUUUAAAAGCACUGACAGUGGUUAAAAGACACAUCUUUUCCAAUGGUAUAUAACUAAAUACUUAUUUUGUCCCAUUUUUCCUUAUAGUCAAAUGGGUAUGGCAGGAAAAUCUGAAAAAAUGAUUUCCCCAAAAAAGUAGAACAAGCUAUCUCUCAAAUCACCAUAAGUACUGAAAACAGUAUGAUCUUUCUCUAUCCACAGUUUAUGUGCUCUCCAAAAGCCUAACAUUCUAUCAUUUGUUGUAGAACAAUAAUUUGCAAAGUUUUUGUAACUCCUGAUGCACGUUCCAGUAAAUAAUGAUCAUAGAAUCUAUUUGUAGACAAGCCUACAAGUUAAGGAUAUUUGAAGAUGCAACCAUAAGAAACUUCCAAAUGAACUGUUUUCCCAUUCCUUUAAAACUAUCCCAAUAUGCAUUCCCUAUGAGAAAUGACUAUUAAACUACUCUUUAGCAGUGGCGUAGUGGUUAAGAGCAGGUGCAUUCUAAUCUGGAGGAACUGGGUUUGAUUCCUCGCUCUG